AGCUCCCGGUCCCCCCGACCCUCCCCGAUCCCAGGUCCCGCCCGGCGGCCCCGGUCCUUCUCGGCCCGGGGCAGGAGGGGGCCCGGCCCAGCCAUGCCCACGCCGGGAGGCCUGGCGCUAAGCCUGGCGCUAACGUUGGCCCUGGCGGGUCCGGGCUCGGAGCCUCGGCGGGCCCAGCGGGAGCCCGACUUCUACAGCUUUAAAGUCGUCAACAUCCGGGGCAAACUCGUCUCCCUGGAGAAGUACCGCGGCUCGGUGUCUCUGGUGGUCAACGUGGCAAGCGAGUGCGGUUUCACCGAUCAGCACUACCGCGCCCUCCAGCAGUUGCAGAAGGACCUUGGCCCGUCCCACUUCAACGUGCUCGCCUUCCCUUGCAACCAGUUCGGCCAGCAGGAGCCAGACGGUAACAAGGAGAUCGAGAGCUUUGUCCGGAAGACCUACGGCGUCUCCUUUCCCAUGUUCAGCAAAAUUGCUGUCAGUGGGGCCGGGGCGAACGCCGCCUUCAAGUUCUUAACAGAAUCUUCCGGGGAGGAGCCGACCUGGAACUUCUGGAAGUACCUGGUGUCCCCAGAUGGGAAAGUGGUGAACAGCUGGGAUUCCACCGUCCCUGUGGAGGAGAUCAAACCCCACAUCACAGCCCUCUUGAGAAGAAUGAUCAUGAAGAAGAAAGACGAGUUGUGACAGCCGCUGGGAGCUCCCACAGCGUCCGUGGCGUCCUAUGGGCGGGCAGGCGGCCGGGGCUGGAAAACCAGAGUUCGUUUCCUGAGAGGAACCCAGGCUGAGCGGCUGUGUCUCUCUGGGGAGGCCGCAGAGAAAAUAGCCCAAACCAGA